GGAGCGGCUGGAGUACACCUCGAUGUCCAGGAUCUUGCGUCCGCUCGCCGGUCGGCGUGGCGUCUCCAUGUUGGGUACAGCGUCCUCUACAGGAGCACAAGGCCAGAAUUAGGUUCUCGGCAGGCAAGACGUUUCCAGGUGUGUGGAUUGGCUACACAACGCGUGUUUGAUGAUAACGAACAACUAGCAAAGCUAAAGACGUCUCGGUAAUCGGUCUCAUCGGGUUUGGUUGGACUUAGUGAAGCCUGAAAAAGACGCAGGGAACACAAAGAGCAGAAAACACUGAGAAAACUUCUGAGUCGUGCUGGACGAUGAGUGCUGCUCAGAGUGACAUGGCACUGGAGGACAGACUGGGGGCGCUGCAGUGCCACUACACCUGGGAUCUGGAGCCUGGCAGGUCCAAACUUUUCAGUAUCAGGGACAAGCUGCAGGACAUCGGCACAGAGGAAGGAUACAAGUGGCUGGGUCACAUUUACAACCUGCAGGGGUACGUCCACUUCCAGCUGGGGUCCAUUGAAGAAGCCAGGAGUUUCUUCAGCAGAGCCGCGGAGGCCUUCAGGCAGAUUAGAAACACUGUCUCAGAGGAGGGUCCCUGGCUGGUGGUGACCUACGGGAACCAGGCCUGGCUGCACCAUCAUCAGGGAGAACGAGCAGAGAGUCGGGCUUGUCUGUCAAAGAUCGACGGCCUGAUGACUGAGUAUCCAUCGCAGGACGGGCUGCACCCGGAGAUCUGUGCUGAAAAAGCCUGGACUCUGAUGAAGUUCAGCGGAGAACAGAAGCUUCUGGCAGCUGAUUACUUCCAGAGAGCCAUCCGGAUGCAGCCGGAUGUGGUGGAGUGGCAGACCAGCCACGUGUUAGCGUUAGCAAACACCUUUAAACACUCCAACCUGAGGGCGGACAUCUGGGAGAAAAUGAAAAUUGCAAAGGAUCACGAUCCAGAGAACUUGUACCUCGCUGCUCUCUACCUUGAGGCAUGCACCAGGAAAGGACAAAAAGUAAAAGAUGAAGCUCAUGCGUUGGCCCAGAGGGUUUUGAGAAAGCCUGUUAGCAGCUACAGUGGAAUCAAACCACUACUAAGGCUGUACGCAAUCUACGUAUCCAUGGAUGAGGCUAUUGAUUUGGCGGAGGGGGCUCUGGAGAGGCAUCCAGACGAGCGCUACCUGAAAAGAUGUGCGGCAGUAUGUUACAAAAUGAAAAUCCUUCUGGACAGGGACAGUCCCCUGGAGCACUGCAUGGUCGACAGAGCGAUUAGUCUCUACAGGGAGGUGAUUUCUCUUUACCCCGAUUCUUCACUCAAAAGAAGAAUAUCUCUUGCCACCAUAUACGCACAGUCAAAUCACAGCCAGGCGGCAGCUGAGCAGAUUUACGAGGAGCUGCUGGACAGUGACCUGGACCCUAAAGGGGCACAGAUCCUUUACAACUGCUACGCAAAACAUUUACAUUUCAUACAAAAGGAGAGCCACAGGUCGAUAGAAUACCACAUGAAGGCAGCAGCGAUACCACAACAAUCUUUCUAUCGUGACAACAGCAUCAGUAUUCUAGAGCGGAUUAGAGACAGGAACAGAAACAGGAUGUGUACAGAAAUAGGGGAGUUUUUGGCAAACCUGAAAAUAUAAGAGCCUUAAUAAAGAAGAGGGGAUGUUUAAUACAACAGUUUCUCAACGUGUUCCUCUGACCAUUCCUCACACUUAGAAUAAAGAAGUAUUUUGUUGAAACACUUAAUCCACUCCAUGUGAACAAUCGAUGAGAAAAACUCAUCAAAAGUAUUAAUAUCAGUGGAAAUGAAGGAAUAAAGUCAUUAACAUGUA